UGGUCUUGUUCUUCCUCUUGGUUUUGUUCUUCUUCCUCUUGGUCUUGUUUAUCACGCGUCUUCCUCCGCCUCUCAGUUAUCGUCGUCUUCUCUCCCUCCUCUCAGUUAUCGACGUCUUUUUCCCGUCUCUCAGUUAUCGUACUUCUCCCGUCUCUCAGUUAUCGUACGUCUUCUCCUGCUCUCAGUUAUCGUACGUCUUCUCCCGUCUCUCAGUUAUCUUAUCGGACGUCUUCUCCCGUCUCUCAGUAUCGUACGUCUUCUCCCGUCUCUCAUUAUCGCACGUCUUCUCCUCUCUCAGUUAUCGUACGUCUUCCGUCUCUCUGUUAUCGUACGUCUUCUCCGUCUCUCAGUUAUUGUACGUCUUCUCCCGUCUCUCAGUUCUCGUAUGCUCUUCCCGUCUCGCUAUCUUAUCGUACGUCUUCUCCGUCUCUCAGUUAUCGUACGUCUUCUCCCGUUCUCAGUUAUCGUACGUCUUCUCCCGUCUCAGUUAUC